GUCACGUUGGAAGGAAAAGGGGAGAGAGAUAUCUACUUACAGCUGCUGUCAGAUAUCCGAUCGCAUUCGCAUGGCGAGGAGGUAACCUGAUCGAGCUGGGAGGAGUGACUUUACCAGGGAAGGCUUGAACAAAAAAAUGUCUUCUUCUUCGGCCGGAGAAGUCACAACAGCAAAUGACAUCAAGAGGGAAAAUGUGAAGGAGGUGGAUAAGCGGGAGUGCAUCAAGCUUGUGGCGCUGGACGCGGCGGAGUUGUCCAUGGAGCGCACAACUCCAAACACGGACGCGGUGCGCACGGAGUUGUUGGUGAGCGCCGCUUCCUCUCUGGCUUUCUCCCCAGAGCAAGUGGCGUGUGUCUGCGAGGCUUUGCAGCAGGGAGGCAAUGUGGACCGGCUGGCCAGGUUCUUAUGGUCCUUGCCACAGAGUGACCUAUUACGCGGCAACGAAAGCAUCCUAAAAGCCCAAGCGCUGGUUGCUUUUCACCAGGCUCGGUAUCAGGAGCUGUACAGUAUUUUGGAGAACCACAGUUUCAGUCCGUCCAACCACACCUUUCUGCAAGAUCUGUGGUACAAGGCCCGGUACACCGAGGCGGAGAAGGCGCGGGGAAGACCCUUGGGUGCCGUAGAUAAGUACCGAAUCCGGAGAAAGUACCCUCUCCCCAGGACUAUCUGGGACGGCGAGGAGACGGUGUAUUGUUUCAAGGAGAGGUCCCGAAACGCGCUAAAGGAUUUGUACAAUCAGAAUAGGUACCCGUCUCCUGCCGAGAAAAGAAAUCUCGCCAAGAUCACAGGACUCUCCUUGACCCAGGUCAGCAACUGGUUUAAAAACAGAAGACAGAGAGACAGAAACCCGUCCGAGGCACAGUCAAAAAGUGAAUCUGAUGGAAACCACAGCACAGAGGAUGAGUCGAGCAAAGGCCAAGAGGAGCUAUCUCCUCGACCGCUCUCUAACUCCUCAGAUGGUGUGAUCACCCAUGGGACCCUCCCUAUUCAGACAGGGUCUCUGGACACUGGGGUGGUCAUCCAACAGAUUGGGGAUAUCAAGAUGCCCCCUGGAUCCAACAGCGGUGGCCUCUACAACGGAAGUCUAGUGACCAGUAACACCUCUUCCACUGUGUUUCACAACGGUGGCUCCUCUUAUCUCCACACACCUGGAAACAUCCUCUUCAACGGACUGAAUCUGGGCAUCCAGCCCUUGUCCUUCAACCCUCUGAGGCCGCCAGGAGGGGUCCUGCUGGGUGGCUCUGGAGUUGAUAUGCAGAUGCAGGCAGGACAGGAAAAAGGACUGGGUAGUUCUGCUGAGGACUCAAGCCUGCAGUACGCCUCCUACUCAGGCUGUGUGAAUGGAUCAGAGGUGAAACUAGAGGGGGUUCACACCAUGGCUCCGCAAAAUGGGGGCUCUUCAGUGCUGACGUUUAGUUCUGCAUCAGGUGCGCUCCAGCUGGGAGGAUACAGCCUGGUCCAGGUACCGAGUGGAGUCUCAGACAGUGAUGGCAGCUCAUUACUCAACAGCGACGUAGGUCUUCCUCCUCUUCAGCUCUCUUCUGCCUCCUCUUCCUCAACAAUCGCACAACAAGGUACCAUGCCUUUGAACAAUGUAGCAGUAUCUUCCGCCAGUGACAACUCGUUCCAGCAGCAGGACAAGAUGACCAUGUCAUCGCUGCACCACAGCACAGUCCUCUACAGCCUGGGCAACACCAAUCAGCCGUCCAUCAAGAAGGAGCCUCUGGAGGGGGGGGUCUUCUCUUCGUACCAUCACGGACUCCACCUAGACCCCAGCGGUCAGAUCAGCUACACCACCCCCAACUCAGAGGAGGUUCCUUCCAGCCAAGGUCCUGCCUCAACUACGGAGGUCUCAGCCGUCAGCUCAUCCAGCCCUGAACCAGAGGUGUACACCACCCUCACUGUCAGCACGCCCCUCAUGACCCAAACGGACCCGAACAGCCACCACCUCCAGCCCACAGACUACCUAGGGGGCCAUGAGGUCAGAGGGGCCCCGUCCUCACACCUGAUGGGCUCCGGCUUAAACAGUAAUUACAUGAACCUUUCAGAGAGCAAGGUGGACGGGUCGGGCUCGGGAGGCGUGAAUGAGAUGGUGAGAGCGAUCUGUGGGGAGAUGGAGGCUGUGGAGGGGAAGGAGCUAGCCAAACUACAGACAGUGCAGAUGGACGAAGACAUGGCUGACCUUUAACCUCAAAACCAUCACCCUGUAGAAGCACUCAUGUCCACCAAAGCAGUGAUAUGGUGAAUCUUUUUACUUUAGUGUGAGAGUGUGUGUGGAUUGUUUUUUUUUUUUUACCAUCAUAUCUUUUAAAUGUUAAAUUAUUUGCAGAUGUUGUGUUCAGUUGAAUUUUACAAUGCACUCUAGUCAGAGAAGUCCUGUGGGUGGGCAUUAUCAAUUUGCCGUAAAAAAAUUCCCUGACAUGUUUUAAAAGCCUCAACAAUAAGACUAAACAUUACGACUGUUACGUGCUAAUAGAAGAAGUCACUGUAUGUGUUUGAGCCAUGUUUAAAUGUACAUUUUUAUAGACAACACCUGCUACUUCCUGUUGAGUGGAUUUGAUCUGCAGAAGCAGGUGCUGGAAUGCCUCAAGUCAUGUGACCAGGAUGUUCCUCCAAACUAAAUGCGUCAUCUGGGUCAAACCAAAAAGGUCAUUCGAUGGAGGGAAGAGGGAGAGCGUCUCAGUGAAAAUGCUCAGUUAAACAGCGACAGCUUUACUGAAGGACUGUAUACAUGUACGGGGAAUAAUACGUCAUUAUUCACAUAAAGCUGCUGAAAAAGUGUCCUUCAGUAAGCACCUUAAAUUCUUUAAAUGCCUUUAGAGUCACUGCAAAACCCUACGUUUCUGCUUUAUACUGCAUCAUACCAAAAUGAACUAGAAAUGUUUUAGCGUGGUGGGUGUUCAUAACUAGACUUAAAGACAUAUGUGCCUUUCUGCUACUUAAAAUAUACAUGGCAUUGGUCUGUUUUGGCAUUUGCACUACCAUGAUGACAUUACAAUGUACAUGUUUCAAACAGCCUUCAUGUUGGAGGAUCUGUCAGCGUCACACACCUUAACAAAUACACACUCUUUCAACGACAACUCCUAUUUCAAGCCUCAUCAUCAACUGGCAACACGUGAGACCCAGAUAUGAAUGAAACAAAGAUCACGCUUUCGAUCCACACGUUGCCCAUCAUGUGUUGUUUAUUAUGCUGCAGCUCAUAGUACGUUAACUAGAUGUGAUGAAGCUAUUCUAUAUUGUGUUUCAUUUUGACGUGUCUCUCCAAAUGUCAGUAAUCGUGAAUGAUAUUUUUAUAUAAAGCCAGAUGCAAACAGCAGUGUGAAUGCUUUAAAAUGUAUAAGGAACAAAAGGGACAGAGUGUAGUCUUGUCUUUAAAGUGGAGAAGGAUUGCAUGGAGUCAUAAGGUUUUGGACACUAGUGCCUUUUACUUUUGCUUUGUGAAUAACACUGAAAGCAGCUCCGCCGUAGCUUCUGACAGUGACGCCGCAGCCUGAGAGAUUUACCACCAACACCACCACCACGGUCGACGCCACCACUGCUGCUGCUGCUGCCGGCACAUUUGUUGGGUGUCAGAUGAGGCAAAGACAAGAGAAUGUGGAGCCCAUUUGUCAAGUGUGUCCAGUGCUUUUCACAACAGGAGUCUAAUUCCUGGCUGUCAUACGUGACCAUAAUAGCACAUUUCAGCCUCACAGCCAACACACAUCAAGCACAAAUAUCAGUGCAUCACACAUCUUCUUAUAGUCGGAAUAAAGUGGUAAGAUUUUACUUUGUCUAGAUUCAUGAUCCCAUCAAUCUGAAAGGACAUUUCAGCAGAACUAUGCUCAGAGCUUUAUUGUCAUACACCAAAAAGAAGUCAUGGGUGAAAAG